CACCCCCCCCCCAUCCAAAAAAAAAAAAGAAAAAAAUUCCCAUUUCCCACAUUUAUCAUUUGGGCUGUGGAUUCUUGAUCAGAUCCACCCAUCGCCACUGACUGACUCCUUCAUCAGCCAUGGCUGAGAAGGUCACUCUAAUGAGACUCAAGGUUGAUCUUCAAUGCCCCAGCUGCUACAAGAAGGUCAAGAAAAUCCUCUGCAAAUUUCCUCAAAUCAGAGACCAGGUAUAUGAUGAGAAGCAAAAUCUGGUGACCAUCACCGUUGUGUGCUGUAGCCCGGAGAAAAUCCGCGACAAAUUAUGUUGCAAGGGUGGCAAAGUCAUUAAGAGCAUUGAGAUCGUGAAGCCACCCCCACCACCAAAGCCCGAGGCGAAAGAAAAGCCUAAGCCGCCAGAAAAGCCUCCCAAAAAACCAGCUGAAAAGCCGAAGGAUCCUGUCGAAAAACCCACAGGUAUAGUAGUUGAAAAGCCGAAGGAUCCUGUCGAAAAACCCACAGGUAUAGUAGUUGAAAAGCCGAAGGAUCCUACACCACCACCACUACUAGCAGCAACGGUUCCAACUGAACCGUACUCGCACCUGUCAGUUCCAACGGGGUUCUGCUGUGUCCCAUGUUCAGAAGGGUACAGGGGGGGACCAUGCUACUAUGGGUACGGGCAGCCUGUGCCCCCGCCACCCUAUUAUGAUAGCUAUGGUUAUGGGUAUGGGAAGGGGUACCCGUACAGCCGCUGCGAUUAUUUCAGUGAGGAGAACACUGGAAAUUGUACGAUUAUAUGAGUGGAGUAGAGAAUUUGAUGGGGUGCCUCUAGUGUGAUUCUAUGGUAGUAUGUAUGUAGUCAGGGCGACCUAUACAAGGAAGAAGAAAAUAAUACUAAUGGACGUGCAACAAUGGAUGCUUCGGUGAAUGUAUUUUCGGAAAGAGACAUUGGUCUGAUGAGAGCGUUUUGACGAAUUGAAUAGGAUCUGGUUCGGAUGGUUGAUUGUAGCAACGUCCUCCAAAUUAUGAACGGACCCCAUGUAAUAAUAAAAUGUUUUUAAGUUUGGUCAACAAUAAAAGAACAACGGUAGUAUGAUCAUUGAUCAUCAGCCAAACUUCCCGAAGACCCCAUGGCAGUAAACUAGUAUACAGUGGCACAGACAGAGGCUCGCUCGCUCGCUCUAGAGUAUUAAUUACUAUUGGAUUGGUCUGGUUGUCUGUAAUAAAUUGUCAGCGGUCCAGGCUGUCGUCCAUUAUUAUUACAAAAUAAUUGAGGUGCGACGUUAUUAAU